AUGCCACCACGCGGACCCCAAAUUCCACUCCUCAAGCGGGCAGCUAUCCUGACGCUGCACUGGCAUGCAGAAAAGAGCUGGAUUGAGAUCUCGACCAUUCUAAGAGUCCAUCCGGAUACGGCGAGAAAGAUAUGUAUUCGCGCAAAGGAGAGAGCUACGGAUCCGAAUGAUUUCGAUGAUGUUCUGCUACACUUGGAAGAUGCGGAGCGACCUGGGAGACCGCCGAAGAAUACAAAGGAGGGCGAGAUGGAGGGUGUGGAGAAAGAAGACGAGGUGGUGGAGAGCAGUGAGGUGGGUAUCAAGAGUACUGGUGAGAGUGAUAAGUUGGUGCAGGUCGAGUGA